UCCCCAUAGGCCCCUGCGCGACUCCGGCUGGGCAGGAUUCCGGACAACGCCUGGUUCCUCUCGGGUCCUUCCGGCGUCGCCGGAGUGAAUUGAUCCGGGAGUUGAAGAGGGCUCCAAAGGUGGGAAGUGAAGUCAGUGCCUCAGUUGCCGGUCAGUAUAUGUUUUGUGCCCUAUUUUAUCACAAAAAAGAGAAGAAAUACUGCAGUGAAUGAAGAUUCCUCUGCAUUUUAGCACUGCCUUUUCUACUGUAGUUGGCUUUUGAAUGAGGAUGACAAUGGAAGAGAUGAAGAAUGAAGCUGAGACCACUUCCAUGGUUUCUAUGCCCCUCUAUGCAGUCAUGUAUCCUGUGUUUAAUGAGCUAGAACGAGUAAACCUGUCUGCAGCUCAGACACUGAGAGCAGCUUUCAUUAAGGCUGAAAAAGAAAAUCCAGGACUCACGCAAGACAUCAUUAUGAAAAUUUUAGAGAAAAAAAGUGUAGAAGUUAACUUCACAGAGUCCCUUCUUCGAAUGGCAGCUGAUGAUGUAGAAGAGUAUAUGAUUGAACGACCAGAGCCAGAAUUCCAGGACCUAAAUGAAAAGGCACGAGCACUUAAACAAAUUCUCAGUAAGAUCCCAGAUGAGAUCAAUGACCGAGUGAGGUUUCUGCAGACAAUCAAGGAUAUAGCUAGUGCAAUAAAAGAACUUCUUGAUACAGUGAAUAAUGUCUUCAAGAAGUACCAAUACCAGAACCGCAGGGCACUUGAACACCAAAAGAAAGAAUUUGUAAAAUACUCCAAAAGUUUCAGUGAUACUUUGAAAACCUAUUUUAAAGAUGGCAAGGCAAUAAAUGUGUUCAUAAGUGCCAACCGACUAAUUCAUCAAACCAACUUGAUACUUCAGACCUUCAAAACUGUGGCCUGAAAGUUGUAUAUGUUAAGAGAUGUACUUCUCAGUGGCAGUAUUGAACUGCCUUUAUCUGUAAAUUUUAAAGUUUGACUGUAUAAAUUAUCAGUCCCUCCUGAAGGGAUUUAAUCCAGGAUGUUGAAUGGGAUUAUUGCCAUCUUACACCAUAUUUUUGUAAAAUGUAGCUUAAUCAUAAUCUCACACUGAAGAUUUUGCAUCACUUUUGCUAUUAUCAUUCUUUUAAGAAUUAUAAGCCAAAAGAAUUUACGCCUUAAUGUGUCAUUAUAUAACAUUCCUUAAAAGAAUUGUAAAUAUUGGUGUUUGUUUGACAUUUUAACUUGAAAGCGAUAUGCUGCAAGAUAAUGUAUUUAACAAUAUUUGGUGGCAAAUAUUCAAUAAAUAGUUUACAUCUGUUAAA